AUGGUUGCCGCCGAGAAACCGUCAACAAACAUGCCUUACAACACUCGUCGAAAGUCGUUGUCGUUGCCAUCCCUAGGCAUCCAUCUUCCAGUUACUCACGCCUCCAGAGCGGCCGCACGACUUUCACCGCCUUCUGCCGGCUCAAAUGCUGAGAAUCCUCCGACCAAAAAAUUAAAACGGUCGCAUGAUGAAUCGCCGUCCAUGUCGCCUCCCCCAAAGCGAGUAACAGUAAAAUACGAAAACACUCCGCCACCGUCGCCAGAAGCAGAGUCGAAUGAUUUAGAGGAGGAGUCGAAGCCCAAGGAGAUUGAUUUAGAGGGAAUCAACGAUGAGAUCGUAGAGGGAGUUAUUGUUCAGUUACAGAAGACCGGUAAUAGGCCUCACUUAGUCAAGGAACUCGCUGCGAUCUUGUCGCAAAGCGUCAAAAUCGUUGAACAAUCUGCGAAUCCUUCAGCUAUCAUCUCCUCCCGACUUUCGUCAUACCUCAAGCGAUCAUGGUCGGCUUUGGCGCCUUGUCCUGUCGCAAAGGAACUAGAGACAGUGCAUCCAAGGAGAACUUAUUUCUACCUGACGACUUAUCAACAUCAACCAAUUCCCACUCCUUCGGCCCUCCAAUACACACAAAGAGCUAUAGUCUCCCCAUCUCUGUCGAGCGCAACUUCAAGAUCCGAUGAAGCCGAUGCGGAACGAAGACGAGAAUUGUCGCCCUCACCAGAGGUUGACCUUUCAUCGCCAGAAUUCGAUGGCGAUGAUAUGAUGGCCCCUCCAACACCCACUGGUUCGUUCCAUGGCCGUGUGGAACCACCAGCUCGGAAUAAUCGUGCAUCAUCGCCUCCGCUAGAGAAGGACGAAAAGGAGUUUACCCAAACUGCCCGAGGGAUGCAGAAGCGACAAAUGAGUGGUGACAUUCAAAUGAGUGGCGUUCCGUCCGACAUGGAAGGCCACCCUGUGAAGACCUUGGAUGCCGACACUUUAUUUGGAGAUGGAAAACAUCUGAAUGUUUCGGGCACUACCACCUUUCUCAGCAGUCCAGCCAUGAAGCCUAGUCUCUCGCUCAGCACUCUGAAGAAAGGUAUCGAGGACUCGAAUGAUAUGUGGGCCCGUGUUGAAGAUACAAUGGAAUGGGACAUGCGAAGUCCAGAAUGCGUCGAGCUGGAAGAGUUGGAUGGAUUGUUGGACGACUUUUAA